GAAAAAAUGAAAUGAAUAUGAUACGUCAUAGUGCGGUAUAACUUCGGGUGCUUUAGAGUAACGUGUAUUUCUGUGUAACACCUACGUGAAAUACGGAUCUACUAGAAAAUGCAGGCAAAAAUUUCGAGAUGAAAGAGUUCUCAGUAGACAUACAAUUCCCACUUUGGCAAAUAAAUUUAGAUAAACGUGACUCUCAACAAACAAGAACAAAAACAUAAGCGCUGACUGUUUACUGAGGAAAAGUUAGAGCACAUAGAGGCCAGACUUUAACAUAAGUCACUGAAACGUUUAGCUCAAGAGACUGGAGUGUGAAAAGUACAAGGACGACAACACAUUUGCUGAAGUUCAGACCCUAUAAAAAGGCAGUAAUCCAAGUACGCCUUGCAUUCGCGCAAUCCGACUAGCAGUGUACAUUUCUGCGUUUAUUUCUGCAGUCUGUCGCCGAAGGUGAGAUCAAUCCACAACUUACGUUCUUUUCUGAUGAAGCGUGGUUUCAUUUGCAGGGAUACAAAACUACCCAAUAUAAUCGUUACCGGAAUUAAUAGAAUUCGCAUCUAACCCACUAAGACCAGCUCCAGCCAGUGAAAGUUUGUGUGUGGUGUGCUGUAGUGCAAGGAUUGUUAUACCUGUGCUUUACAACGAAACAAUUAAUUGCGAAAUGUAUCUAUGUGUAGAGGGACAGCAUUAUCAACACACCCUGUAAUUUGUGAAUUAUUAACUACUCCAUUCCGAACAUUAUCGGCUGUUAAGCGUGCUGAUUCAUCUGAAAAAUUCGUAUGCGCCUUGCGGCAAGCGGCGCACCGGUGGCCGUGAAGCUCAGAGUCAUGGAACCGCUCAACAGAACCCUGUAAGGUAAUAUGGACGGAAGUUGUGCCAUCGGUUCCCACUGGACAUCAGCUUCCAGCUGUCCAACAACGGCAGGAGUGUCCGAUGUUGGGGCUCUCCUCUUCACCAGUCUCCUCACCACACUCAUCGACUCUCAGAAACAGCUGGGAAAUCCGGAUGAGUACCCAGAAGAUGCUAGUUCCUACCUCCUGGACGAGUACGAUUUCAUCGUGGUAGGAGCCGGUUCAGCGGGGUCCGUGGUGGCCAGUCGACUAAGCGAGGUACCAGAGUGGAAAGUUCUUCUUCUAGAAGCAGGUGGUGACCCGCCACUAUCCUCUGACAUUCCAAAACUAUUCUUUGCCCUCCAAAGGACUGAUAUCGACUGGAAAUACAUGACAGAACCCAAGAAAGGAAUGUGUGAAGGUUUACAGAACGGACAGUGCAGCUGGCCCCGAGGCAAAGUCUUGGGUGGAACGAGCACAAUAAACGCAAUGCUUUAUGUUCGUGGAAUGCAAAAGGAUUAUGAUAAAUGGGCUGAAAAUGGAAACUAUGGUUGGAGUUACAAGGAGAUUCUGGAUUACUUUAAGAAAUCCGAAGAUGCAAAGUGGAUGAAAUCAGAUGAUCUUUCACAUCAUGCAAAAGGCGGACCGCUGACAAUUGAGCAGUUCGAGGUCAGUGACAUUGGUGAAAGGAUUUUGGAAGCUGCCAUGGAACUGGGUUAUCCAGUACUAGAUGAUAUAAACGCGGAAAAUCGGUUGGGUUUCACAGCAGUUCAAGGAACCUUGCGAAAUGGAACUCGGUGUAACACGGCCAAAGCUUUUUUGAGUCCAGCCAAAGAUCGGAAAAAUCUUCAUGUUUCAAAACAUUCACAUGUUACCAGAAUACUAAUAGAUCCGGGGAGUAACGAGGCCCACAGUGUCGAAUUCAGAACCCAGACAGGAGAAGUUCGAGUAGUGAAAUUUAAGAAAGAAGUCGUUGUAUCGGCAGGGGCAAUAAACACACCACAAAUAUUAAUGCUGUCUGGUAUAGGACCUCUUGAACAUUUAAAUGACAUUGGUAUCAAGCCAGUAAUUAAGGAUCUCAAGGUUGGCGAGAACCUUCAAGAUCAUAUACUUUUUCCUGGUUCUAUACUCACCAAGAAAAAAUCUUCAUUGCACCAGAUUUCUCCUUCCUUCUAUAAUGAUGCGUUUUAUGAGUACUUGACGCGCAGAACUGGUGUCUUGUCGACUCAUUACGGCACGUCGGCAACUGGAUUCAUUAAAACAAAAUGUUCUGAAGACGACAGACCGGAUAUUCAGAUGCAUUUCUUAGCUUUUCUUGCUCAGGACAACCAAAGUAUAAUGGUCUUGGCAAAUGGUGUAGGUUUCACAGAAGAGACGACACUUUCAAUAUUAGAAUAUCUUAAAGAAAAGGAUCUCAUGUUUUUAAUCCCAUCGCUCUUACGACCAAAGAGUGUAGGCAGAAUUCUUCUCAGUUCAUCAGACCCUUCAGAGCCUCCUAGAAUACAAGCUGGGUAUCUGUCUGAUCCUGAAGGCAAAGAUAUCGAUUCUUUAAUUGAAGGUAUUAAAUUUACUACGGACCUCAUCAACACUGAAGCCAUGAAAGCUGAAAAUGCUACAAGACAGAAGAUUUAUUUUAAAGACUGCGAACACCUGGAGUUCGAUUCGAGGGACUACUGGGAAUGUGUUUUGCGACAGACAGCAACAACGCUUUAUCACCCUGUUGGCACCUGUAAAAUGGGUCCAAGUUCAGAUCCUGAAGCUGUUGUAGAUCCAGAACUGAAAAUUCACGGUGUGAAAGGAAUAAGGGUGGCCGAUGCGUCCAUAAUGCCGAGCAUUGUAAGCGGGAACACGAACGCACCCUGUAUUAUGAUCGGCGAGAAGGCUGCAGAUAUGGUGAAGAAAGAUUGGCUUUGAAAGAAGUGUUAUUGAUGGAUGUUCAGUUUCUCACAACGCUGACCACAAGUAGGAUGUGGGUUGUAAUGCCAUUAGUUUGGAAACUGUAAGAAGAAGAUAUUGCCUCCGUUUUCAAGGUCGAGUAGUAAGUAAUGCAAAAAGAAGACAGACAGUGUAUUUUAGUAAUAUGUUCCUCCGAAACGCUGGUGGGUUUUCAGAAUCACAUGGCGUUACAAUCCAGAAGAUAAUACUCUUCAUUUGUUCUACUAUUCCGACAAGGAUAUCUCUCUUGUAAUGACCUACGCUGUAGAAUAUUAUCUCUUCAUGCUCACGAGCCUGUUACUUCAAUUAUUCUGUUAUGUUAUUAGCAAAAUAAUUUUGCUUAGAAUGGAAGAAGCACGUGUUCUCAGAAUACGAUCUGAUUUAUGCCACUUUUAUCCGAGUGUUCAAGUUCUUAUGUUAAUAUUAUUUUAUUAAGUUGUAUAUGCCACUUGUACAUUCAAUCACAGUGACUAUUUCUGUUUCUUGUGAAAUAGGCACGAAUGUACUUAAAUCAAAUUUCAUUUUUUGUUUCGAUUUAUUACUUUGUUAGAUAUAAUGCAGUUUACACAGACUAAACUUUGAUAAUCCCCUAUUUAGCCUUCUCUCUAAUUUAAUGCGCGGAUGCAGCUGUAACCCAAAAUCACACAAAAUUCCGUAUCCUAAUCCAGGAAAUUUAAAACACAAAAUGUCGUAAAGCUUAUAUGCCUGAAAUCCCAUAUGCAUUUAGAAAGCAGAAGCAACGUAACUCACAAUCUAUUGGUGUGAAAGUGGAACUGUAUUAGAUCCUAGAGGAUUCUGACGAUGAUGUAUAACAUUACGGUUACUGGGUUUUUGGGCUCUGUCCAUCGUUCGGUAUAAAAAAUAGCAGAGCAUUUCGGAAAAUAUCUCAUUCCAUCAACAGGUGAGGAGUGUCCGACACCUAUACUCUUGGGUCCUCCAGAAAGAGCUAUCCUCAAUCAUUGGUGGUUAGCUCUUUCUAACGGACCCAACGGAGAAUGUGUCAUAACUCUCACCUGAGGACGGAACAAGAUCGAGUUUUGGACACGGUGUGUUGUUUAGAAUACCGGAUGUUGGACAUGUUCUUAAACCAAGUAAUCCCAAGUAACUGGGUUGAGUUUGUUAAGGAUGUUUAAAUUCAGUAUAACCACUUUCUGAACUACCUGGUGAGGCUCAAUAAUUCCAGAACUGCAAACAGGUGUGCUAAGAAGUAUAAGUCUGUGAUGUGUACAGGCUUGCUAGACUUUCCGCCAGGUAGCAGCAUGGUUGUUUAUGUACAAUUCUCUAGUCUCUUGCUAUUACAGAGUACAUAACUAAUAAAUAGAAACCAUGGACUAAUGUUCCCCA